UAGCACGUCACGUGUAGGUAAAAGGCCGACUGACCGCGUAUAAACGCCGCUAGAAAGCAGUCAACGUUUGGUCAGCAAGUCAGGUGGACAUCAGGAGCAGCAGCCGGUAAGUUACAGAUACAAAGAGUUACUACAGCAAUCAUGUGCAAGCUGGUCAUCCUUCUCGUGGCGGCCGUGGUCAUCGCCGUCACUCACGCUCACCCACACCCCGACCCUCCGUGUCCGUCGCUGCACGUGCUGGGAGAGUGUACAUGCACCAGCCCCUACAACGGCUACCCUAACAUCGUCUGCGAUGGUCACGAUAUGUCCAGCAGCCACGCGUUCAGCGUCAUGGCGGCGUUGCCCCGUGACGUCACCUACGCUAGCAUCGAGCUGCAUGGGUUCUAUGACAUGGAGGAGGUGCCCGAGCACGUCUUUGACGGCCUGCACUUUGAACACGGCUCGCUAACGAUUGAUGACAGUCACCACCACGGGGUGGCUCCAGUGCUGCAUGCACACUCCUUUGAAGAGAUGUAUCAUCUGGAAGAACUCACGCUUUCCUACUUGAAGCUGACUGCUGUACCAACGAUCAUCGGGCCCACCAUCAUCGACCACAUCUUAAAGUUUAGUCUGAAGGGCAACGACAUCACCAAUAUGGGGCCUAACGACUGCCACGCACACUACGUCGUCGUCAAAGUUAACAUGGCCGAAAACAACCUUGAGUACAUCGACCCAAAGGCGCUGUGCGGCAUGAUUAACCUGAAGGUUCUGGAUCUGACCUCUGCUGCCGUCCUUUACCUACAACCGGGCACCUUGGGCGAAGCCGAAAACCUGGAAACUCUGGAGCUAGCCGGCAAUGGCCUGGUGUCGCUGCAGCCGGGCGUGUUCGCUGGUCUUCAUCACGUUGAACAUCUAGACUUCACUGGCAGCUCUUUGACGUGGAUUUCUCCGGGAGCCUUUGAUGAUACCGAAGGCAUCCUUACGGUCGAUAUGCCCAGCCAACACCUCUACUACAUCGCAGAGGAUGCAUUCAGGGGACUGACAGACAUUGAGUACAUCGACCUGUCUGGCAACCAUCUUACGACCCUCGCCAGGAAUGUGUUUGACGACCACCUGUUUGAUCAUCAUCAUCAUCACCACUACCACCACCAUCACCACAAUGACCACGACGACCACGUACAUAUAGAUCUCACGGGUAACCCGUUGAUCUGUGGCUGCGACAUCGCCUGGCUGACUGUGCAUCCAUUCUACCCCGAGGGCACGUGCACAAAUGGCAACAACGCCAUCAGCCUUUCCCACCUGCACCUCGCCUGCCCGUAAAACCCCCGGACGUUGAUAGAUGGCGCUGACGUCGGAGCAGCGCUGACCUGCGACUGAUUGUAAAUUGCACUAUUAACUGUUUGUUUACCUGUUGAGUCAUUAAUAAUAUUUAUUCAUAUAUUUACUAAUAAUAACUAUUGUUAUUGUCCGCUGUGAUAAGUAAAAAUCGUGUCGAUGUAACCAGUAUUAAAGCGGCGUGAUAUUAUAUAAAUGACACAAA